CUUUUCUUGUAGACAGCAUGCGUAGCAUGAUUCUUUUUUUUUUUUUUCUUUUGGCAUUUGACUAGGUGGACAAUUGACUAGGAAAGAACUUCAGUUGGUUGUGAGUUGGGGUUGGGUUUGUGGUUUGUGGUUCGUGAUAGUGAGUAUGGUGAGAAAAAAGUGGGAUCAGUGGUGAUGACAAUUAUAAUAUGUGCGUGGUGGGUGUUGGUAGUAUCCAGUGGUGCUAGUAGCAGGAUGAGAAAGUUAUAGUUUAUUGGUGGUAAAAGAUUUUGUAUUGGUGGAGAAGAAGAAUAGGAGGGAAGUUGGAAAACUAUGGUGGGAGAAGAAAAAUAAAAAUAGAAAGAUGCCCAUGUUGUGGCUUGGUUGUAGUGAGACGGUUUGCAUUAACCGGGAAGAAGUAGAUGAAGAAAGUGUCGACCAUGAGGGGAAAAAAAUAAUAAUUUUUUUAGUAUUUCAUUGGGCAUUGUUGAGCCCGUUUCGUAGUCAAGUUAUGGCUGGCUGACUUCAACCCAUGGCCGCCUUUGUGUAUAUCACUUUGUAUCGGCCAAGUCCCAGUUGCAGUAGUCCAUGAACAAUGCAACACUCCGGCGUUUACUCCGCUUUCAUUUUCGCUCUUUAUCAACCGAGUCCCUCCGAACCCCACAAAAUUCCCAGCACGACUGCGGUUUACUUCAGUACAACAAACGCAUACGAAGGUUAACCAAACUCGGGCAGGUCCAAGCAGCGCGCCAACUGUUCGACUCAAUGCCUCGAAGAGAUUCAGUCUCUUUUAAUUCCAUGCUCACUUGCUACAUCCAAAACAAUCAAUUGAAUGAAGCUAAAUCACUUUUUGAUUCAUUUCAAGACAAGAAUGUUGUGACUUGGACAAUUUUACUAUCUGGGUAUGCUAAAUGUGGACUUAUGAAUGAAGCUAGAAUUUUGUUUGAUUCAAUGCCUGAACGAAAUGUGGUUUCGUGGAACUCUUUGGUUAGUGGUUAUGUGCAUAAUGGUGAUAUUAGGUCGGCGAGAGAGGUGUUUGAUAAAAUGCCUGAGAGAAACGUAUCGUCAUGGAAUUCUAUUUUAACAGGGUACUGUCGAUGUGGGAUGGUUAAAGAAGCUAGAGAAGUUUUUGAUAGAAUGAAUGAGAGGAAUAGUGUUUCGUGGAUAGUCAUGAUUUCAGGGUAUUUUGAGGUGAAUCAGCAUAGAGAAUCUUGGUAUGUUUUCUUGUUGAUGUUGAAGAGUGGAAUGAUGCCUGAUCAAGCUAUCUUUGUUGUUGGCGUAUCAGCAAUAAUGGGAUUGAAUGAUUUGGAUUUGCUUGGGAGUUUGAGGACUAUGGUGAUAAAAUUGGGGUAUGAAGGUGAUGUGGUGGUGGGAACGGCAAUUCUGAAUGCUUAUAUGAGGAAUGGGAGUUUGGAUGAGGCAUACAAGUUUUUUCAGGGAAUGCCAAAGAGGAAUGAGUACUCAUGUACCAGUAUGAUUGCAUCAUUUGCACAAUGUGGUAGAUUGGAUGAUGCAAUUGCGUUGUAUGAGAGUGGAGAUUGCAUAAAAGGUGUUGGUUCAAAGAGUACAAUUUUGGCUGCUUACGCACAAAGGGGAAAUAUCUGUGAAGCUAGAAGGGUAUUUGAUGAGAUUAGAUGUCCUAAUGUAGUUGCAUGGAAUGCUAUGGUUGCUGGGUAUGCACAGAAUGGCAUGCUUGAAGAAGCAAAAGCUAUGUUUCUGAGGAUGCCUAUAAGGAAUGCUGUUUCUUGGGCAACCAUGAUUUCUGGGUUUGUACAGAAUGAAAAGUUUAAAGAAGCAUUAGAGUUGUUUGCUGAACUGCAUAGGACAGGUGAAGCUCCAAGUCACUCAGGUUUUACUAGUGCUCUGUCCGCUUGUGCCACCCUUGGAGAUGUGGAAUUAGGUAGGCAGAUACAUACACUCACUAUUAAGACAAGAUGUCAACAUAAUCCAUAUGUAGGAAAUGGAUUGAUUUCCAUGUAUGCAAAGUCCAAGAACAUGGGUGAUGUUUCUCAGGCUUUUUCAACAAUGCAAGUGAGAGACAUUGUGUCUUGGAACUCACUCAUUGCUGGGUUUUCAGAGAAUAACAUGUUGGAUGAUGCUUUAGAUACUUUCCAAAAGAUGCCUAAACGGGAUGAGGUAUCUUGGACAACAGUUAUAUCAGCACAUGUGCAGGCUGGACAAUUUGAAAAUGCCUUGAAAAUGUUCCUCCAAAUGUUAAGGACAGGAAUGAAACCUAGAGACUUUGCACUUAUUAGCCUUCUCAGUGCUUGUAGCAGUACGGGAACAACCAAGCUUGGGAAACAAAUCCACGGCUUGAUACUUAAAAAUGGAUUUAACUCUUGUUUAUGUGUAUGUAAUGCCUUGAUAACAAUGUACUUCAAGUGUGGAAGUCUAGAUGGCUUUUCUGUAUUUGAAGAUAUGCCUGUACAAGACAUAAUCUCAUGGAAUGCAGUUUUGACUGGCUGUGCUCAAAAUGGUCUAGGUGAAAAAGCCAUCAGAAUUUUUGAACAAAUGAAAGCAGCUGGAAUUUUUCCUGAUGAAAUUAGUUUUCUGGGGGUUAUAGGUGCUUGUUGCAAUGCAGGUUUAGUGGAUAAAGCUCAGGCCUAUUUCAAUUGCAUGCGCCAAAUUUAUGGAAUCAGUCCAAUGACUCCCAAGUAUAGUUGUAUGGUUGAUCUCCUUGGGAAGGCUGGUGAGCUUUAUGAAGUUCAAACUCUUACUGAUGGCAUGCCUGUAGAAUCAGACUGAUGAUGGGUGUGCUUCUUGCUGGUUACAGAAUUCAUAUAAAAUGAAAUGAUUGGAAAGUUGUUGGUUGACUUCACAAAAUCAUGACACCGAGAUAUGAGAAUUAUUCCCAUUAUCCAAUACAUAUGCCAUCACAACAGGACAAAGUCAGGUAAAUAAGAAACUGAGGGCAUGGUAGAUUGACCGAGGAAUCAGCAAACUCAGAUUAAGAAAAAGCUGCAUUGUUUAGCUAUGGGGGGCUGACAAAUGGCACAGUUGAAGAGACUGCUAUGACCGCUUUUGAGCAAUUUUGCCUUUAAGUGGAUAAAAACUUUGUCAUGCAGUGGAAGAAGGAAAUAGCAGAACAAAUUCUUUAUCGAGAGAAACUUGCCAAAGUCUGCAGGCUGUCCAUACUAAAUAGUUCAACUAUUCGUAUUAAGAAGAAUCCUUGAACUUGCCGGGACUGUUCUUUCAUGGACUUCAUUACAGGCUACCACUUGUAAAACUAUUAUCCAAGAUGGGAAUAGUUUCACCAUGUUUAAGAUGGUUUGUGCUCUUCAGGGGAUUACAGAGAUUGGUCAACGAGAAAAUUUUCAUCUCAGCAAGACUUCAUUAGCUCAGUGCAAUUUCCUAAUUUAUGCAUAGAGAGCAGCGCAAACACUUAUUUCGUCGUUGGGUUGGUUACUCAGUUAGACAAGGAAGAAAUGAGAGGUUUGUUCAUGAAACUGGGAUAUGCCCCUAUCGGAGUAGUUAAAUCAAACUCGCCUUAAUAUUGUGCUCUUGAGGAUGAAUCCCAACCAAUUUUUUGGAGUUGACAUUUUGCCCUUGAAUUUUUGGAUACUAAGUUCAUACAGAUUUGAUAUUGCUACGAUAAGAAAAAUUUUGCAGGACAAUGUUGAUUAUACAAAUUUCAGCUUGGUCUAUGAAUAAGAGCCAAUUGGUAAGUCGAAGUUUUCUUCCAGUGUAGUCCAUUGCACCUCGUGGAUUUCUUCUUCACAAUCAAAUGUUACUCAAAUCUUUGUUCUACAAAAAAAAAAUCAUUAAUGUAACAAUUAUCAGCAAGGUUGCAGCAUUCGCUAACUCUGCCCAUAUUUUUUCCUGUCCUUGGUUUGAA